UUGUUGCGUGAGUUACUUGCCGGACAUUGCGGAUGUGUGCUCAGACUCAUGGCGAUCGGUGAAACCGGUGAACGACUAGCGUCUUCAAGAUACCAAGAAGACAUAAAUCCCGCUGGUCAUCAGAGUGUCUGGGGAUCCUGGUUCGAUUCUGAUCGAGGACUGUGGGGAUUUGCGUGUUGCAAGGCCACGAGCAAAGAUGCACCAGCCUGUACGUCAUUACCCACGCCGCAGACGCAAGAAGCUCUACCAGAAUCCGGCACAAAGAAGGACUUUGAGACGACAUGGCGUCCACGUGAAGACUUUGAAACUUCUGAAGGCUUUGUGGUUCAUGCAUCUAUUUACUUGGCUUUCCAGUGGCUAAAAUGUUUACAGGAUGGGACCUUGAGCGCCAGAGCAGAUUGCUUUGAUGUGGAUGUUCGGAAGGUCUUGCUGUCAGAGCAGGCAGCCAAAGAAUCCUUGGAACAGGUGAAAAAGUUUGGUCGACGUCUUGAUGAUGGGAAAGUCCCCCAGAAACUCGCGCAGUCUCUGGAGGAAUUCUGCAGCUGCGUGGGUGAGAGGGAAUAUGUGAAAGCAAAUAAGGCGUACAUGGAUAUUGUCAUGGGAGCCCGCAAAUGGCAGGGAGAUGUUCCUUACCUAGUGGAGGGGAACAGAAACGGUCCAUCUGUGGUGCAAAAUGUCGCAGAACGAAUCAACAAGGUGAAUUCCAACCCUGUGGACGAAGCUGGAAUCCGUGACCACGCGGUGCUACUGCGGCGCUUGAUGAAAGUGGCACAGGUGGUCCGGCCCAACGAGGAUCCCUCACGAAACUGUGGCUGAAGAAAUGUCAGCUGACUCAUUUGGGAGUGUCUGAAAA